AUGGCCACAAGUAAAAAUGGCUCCAUGGCCACCGGAGAAAGUCUGAUUGACGGCGAUGGUGCGUCCACGGCCAGCUUUAGUGAUGGAGAUGACGAAUUCCGUUCGAUGGAUCUGAGUCCCAACAAGUCUUUGAAUAUGAGAUCUUACGGACGUAAAGAAUACAAGAGAGCAGCAGUUCAUGUUCCAACAUAACGCGCUUUUGAUCAAGACUAGCAUUCAGUCAGGCCAGUUGCCAGGUCUUUCCAUCCAGCUAGUGUCCUGCUGCCCUUGCAUCAGGGCUGGGUUGUUCUGGGGGCAACACCACCCAGUAAAUUUGCCAAUGCAGAGUUGAUGAAGAUCCCCAACUUUCUUCACUUGACACCACCCACUAUUGAGAGACAUUGCCAAGCAUUGAAAAAGUUCUGCACAGAGUGCUGUAAGAGUUGGAUAUCAACGAAAAGAUUGACACCCAUCACAAUCACAACUAGUAAUUACCUAAAUUCUUUCCCCUCAUUGAGUGAUGCCCAAGCCAGAAUUGUAACACUCCAGGUGAAAUUGAGCUCUUUGAAAUUGGACAACCAUGCCAAGGAUAAAUUCCUCUUUUUCCUGUACCGGCUGUACGUUUUGUAAGAAGCACUCGAGAACUAUUCAGAUAGGAUUAUCAGUCUGGUAAAAGUAUGAGCUUCUUUGUUGCUGCCCAACGUACACAUGGAUUUGAUGCAGCCAGGAGCCAGCUGAGGGCUUUAACUCUGGUUUAGUGUUUAAUGUUCGUUGCUGUCCAUGUGGCACGUUGUUGAAGCCUAUGCUGGUGAAAAAUCUUUCUACAUCAGGUUAAAUAUUGGCCGUUCCUUGGUGCUGAUGUUGUGUUAGCGAAGUUGCAUCAUAUUUUGUUAAAUUGUCAUCGUGACUUGCAGUUUACCGUUUAUAAGUUCAG